AUGGAAACCGUGGGAUUCCGUGGUGGUGUCAUCGGACAGCGUCGCGCCGGCGCUGUAUGCCGCGAGGUGCGCGAACGGGUUGCCCGGCGUGGCGAUCUGCUCCUCCCCCUCCAGCAUCCGCACGACGUUGCCCAUGGACGGCCUGUCCUCCGGCCGGUACUGCACGCACCACAGCGCCACCUUGCACAUCCUCGCCGCCUUCUCCGUGGCGUCCAUGUCCCCGGCGGCCAUCGCGCGUGCCAGCACAUCGUCCAUCUCGCCGGCCUCGAACCGGUGCCACACCCACCGCGGGUACCACUCCUGGCUCUCGCGGCUGUGCAGCCCGAGCUCCAGGUUCCGCCGCCGCCCCAGCAUCUCGAACAGCAGCAUCCCGUAGCUGUACACGUCGCACUUGUGCGUGACCGGCAGCGGCAUCCACAGCUCCGGCGCCGCGUACCCGGGCGUGCCCCGCGCGCCCGUGAUGGUCAGGUGGGUGUCCUCCCUGUCGCACAGCUUGGCGAGCCCGAAGUCGGACACCUUGGGCGCCAUGUCGGCGCCGAGCAGCACGUUCUCCGGCUUGAUGUCGUAGUGGAUUAUCCGGUGCUGGCACUCCUCGUUCAGGUACCGCACCGCCUUGGCCGUCCCGACGGCGAUCUCGUGGAGCUUCUCGAACCCGAUGGCGCGGCCCUCCGGCGCCGGCGUGCCGAACAGGUGCCGGUCCAGCGAGCCAUUCUCCAUGUACACGAGCGCCUUCACGGCGGCGUCGAAGCAGAAGCCGUAGAGGCGGACGAGGUUGAUGUGGUAGGUCCUCCCGAUGGUGCCCACCUCCGCCAUGAACUGCUCCUCCGCGCGCCUCCCGAGCGUGCUGUUCAGCACCUUCACGGCCACGGGCGCGCCGUUGGGGAACCUGCCGUUGGGCGUGUGCCCCCCGUCACGGUAGGCGAUGGAUGGUUGACGGCGAUCACCCAUGCCUUCGUGCUGCAUCUGCAAAUACCUUUCCAUGUUGUAUUUGGCCCUUGCGCAUUGGUAUAUCGCAACUAUGGCGACCACUAUUAUUAUGCCAGCCGUGAUCACUGA